UUAUCAAACUCAUUGAGUUUCAACAUUGUAACGCCCAGGAAUUAGAAUUAUUCUGUGGCACAGGCUAAUACUUCAUGUGGUUUGUCAUAGGGACUUCGUUGUAUUAUCGCUCAAAGCUUUUUCACGAAAAUAUUCUAAAAUUAUGAAGCAAGAUACGGCGGUGAGAAAGCGCAAGGUUGAGCAAGAAGAAGAAAAACCAUCUGUUUACGCAAGAGCUUUCAAAGGGGAAUCAGAAUGGGAAGAUAAAGAUGAGUUUUUAGAUGUUAUAUACUGGUUGAAACAGAUCCUGGGACUACUGCUCGGUUGUGUCUGGGGAAUACUACCACUGAAGGGAUUCGUAGGACUUUUACUAUUUUUCGCAAUAAACUCACUGAUAGUAUAUGUAUACUUCAAUUCCUUCCAAAAAGUUGAUGAGGAAGAGUAUGGUGGACUAGGAGAAAUACUUAAAGAAGGCCUUAUGACAUCAUUUGCAACAUUUUUAGUGACUUGGAUUAUAUUCUACUCAGCCAUACAUACGGACUAGCAUUAACUAUAUAUUAGGAUUAAUAUUACACCACAAAGGAACACUCAGAGGACCAAAGAUGAUAAACAAACAAAUAGAUGGAGUAACACAACAUGAAAUGUUUUCUUUACCGUGCCAUGAAAAAUGGAAAAUGAGACUAAUGCUCUUAUCUGAUGCUCUGAGCUAUGCACAUUUUGCAGUAAGCAAUAUGAUCAGCAAAUCACUUGUUCAACAUGGCUGAUUUUUAUUUAUUUACAAACAAUCACUGGAUCUUGUAUCUUGCCAUGGGUAUUCAACCUUAUAAAAUAACUGUAUUCCUUGUUCAUUGCUCAUUGUUUAUUAGUGCUCCAUUGGCUUAAAGCAACACAUUUCAAAUGGCUGAAAAUCGAAUAGCGAAAGACGCGGGGCAAGCAAGCGGUGUUUUUUUCACAGGAAAAAUUAAACAAAUACCCUUGCUUGACCCCCUACUCCCCCCCCCCCUUAAAAAUAAAUCCAGAUUUGUAUUAAACCCAAUGGAGUCAGAUUUUGGUCAAUUUUUUCC